CCAAACAAAUCGCAGAAAACCUAACUCUCACAUUUCUAGCUUACCCCCCGGAAGCUCCACGGCCUACGACUCGUAGCUCAGUCUCCAGUCUCCACCCUCAGCUGUAUUCAGCCCAAUCGGCGAAGAUAAGCCUAGUGGAGAAAGAUGCUGGAGACCAACACCUUCAAGGGAGCAAACGUAUUCAUGUCCCGUAACCUCGUCCCGCCGGAGAUCUUCGACACACUCCUCGACGCUCUCAAGCUCAACGGCGCCGAGGUCUUCCCCUGCUGCGAUCCUUCACGGAACGGUCGCAACGACUACCACGUCAUCUCUUCUCCCGACCACGAGAAAUUCGAGGAUCUUAGAGCUAAGGGAUGUAAUUUGUUAGGUCCGCAGUGUGUUCUCUCAUGUGCUAAAGAACACAAGCAAUUGCCUAAGCAAGGUUUCACUUGUUGCCUAGCAAUGGAUGGUCUCAAAGUACUUGCAUCUGGUUUUGAUCCGGAUGAGAAGGUUAAGAUAGAAAAGUUGGUUAAAGCAAUGGGAGGAGAGUUGUGCUCUAAGGCAUCCUUGGAUGUUAGUUUCGUAAUUGUGAAGGAUGUUUUAGCUGCCAAGUACAAGUGGGCUUUGAAUGUUCUGAAGAAACCAGGUGUUACUGCUAGUUGGUUAUACCAGUGCUGGACCGAGCAUCGUGUUGUCCCCCAAGACUUACAUAGGGUUCUUCCAUUAUGUGGCUUAAGAAUUUGUGUUACUGGAAUUGUAGGAGCUCCUAAAGGUGACAAAUUUAUAGUAGCUGCAAAAUGGGGUUGUAUAAACAUUGUAACUCGGAAAUGGCUUGAUCAGUCUAUUGCUAAAAGAGCAUGUCUAAAUGAGGAGUCAUAUCCUGUUCAGGGUGGUUCUGCAUCUUCAAGCACGAGCUUCCGCAGUUUCCUGACAUCAAAGUGUAGCCAGGAGAAGACUACCAGGCAGUUGCCAUCUGAGAAAUCCUCAGCUGCUAUUGAUUCAAACUCAGCUGUAUGUCAAUCAACUGGUUUCACAGAUUCGGAUGUGGAAGCAACUCUCUCCCAGAACAUGUCUUCUAUGUUCUCGAAUCCUUUCAUAUAUGUCAAAGAAGCCAAGAAUGAGGUUCCUGUAUUGCAGCCGACAAAUGAAACAAGCUUUAGCAAUUGUGUUGCCGAUGAUUCUCAAUCAGAAGACAACGAUUUAUACCUGGCUGAUUGUAGGAUAUCACUUGUUGGCUUUGAAUCUUCUGAAUCACGUAAACUAGUUAACAUGGUGCGCAGAGGUGGGGGCUCCCGUUAUGUGGUAUUGAAUGAUCAGUUGACACAUAUUAUUAUCGGAUCCCCAACCGAGGAUGAAAAAAGAGAGCUAAGGAGCCUUGCUGCUUCUGGGGUAAUUUAUGUAGUUAAAACAACGUGGCUUGAAGAUUGCGAUCGGGAAAAGAGAGAAGUUCCUGUUCUUAGACAACAUGUGGCCUAUGAAUUACUUCUCCCUAAAGAUUCUUUGAGAUUCAUAAAGGCGUCUACCGAUGGCAUAAAAAAGUCAGAUAGUUCUUUUCCAAGUGUACACUCCGAUGAGUUGAUUGUGGACUCUGGAAUUACAGAGGAACAUGGACAUCUAGAUUCUGUCAAGGCAGCGACAUUCCCAAUAGAGAAGAAGAAAGAGGAGAAGCAAGAAGUCAAUUUUGUUGAUCAAGCCUCUAAUCCAGAUGCAACCACUAGACAAGUUCAGGAAAACACAUUUCCUGUGCAUAAUGAUACAAAAGUUGUUGGAAAGAGGACAAGCCGUGAUUCCUAUGAUAACAAGUCUCAAAACAGGAUACACGAAGCUGUAUUUAAGGGAAAAAGCUUCUGCUUUUCAAAGAGCUUUCCUGCAGAUAGGAGAACGGAGAUCGUUGAGUGGAUCAACCAAGGUGGUGGUGCAUUAGUUGAUGAUGAAGUGCAAAAUGUGGAUUUCACAAUUGAAUGCCAUGGUAUCAUACCCACAUCUAUGCCCCACACUGCUUUUGUUUCCAGUCACUGGGUUCGUUCUUGUUUAGAGGAUGGAAUCCUGCUAGACAUCGGCGGUCACAUCCUCUAUUCCCCUCUUCCAUGUCAGGUUCCUUUGCCUGGUUUUGGAAGCUUCCGGCUUUGUGUUUCUCAAUUCAGCGAGAAAGACAAGUCCUUGUUCAUAAACUUGUGUGUUGUUCUCGGAGCGAAAUUUGCACACAAGUUGACAAGAAAGGUCACUCACUUACUCUGUAAGGAAACCUGUGGACCCAAGUAUGAAGCUGCUUGUAGAUGGGGGAUACCCUCGGUUACAGCCGAGUGGAUCUAUGAGUGUGUCAGACAGAAUAAAGUGGUUGAAUUGGCUCCAUUUCGCCCAAAAGAAGUUAGCCAGCAGGACCAGGAGACUGACUUAGCCAGUGUGAGCCAAUUCCCUUCUGAAGAUGUUUGGAUGACACAUGGAGAAACAACAUCAGAGUUGAGAAGUCAGUCGCAAGACGUCACUGAGGCCCAAGUCUUAACUCUUAAGAACAAAAUUAGCAGUAUGGUGGGAGUGGCCACACAAUCCAUAAAUCAGUCUAAAAAGGCACGUCAUGUGGAAACUGAUGACCGAAUGAACCUGCCCUCUUCUCGAGUCUACUCAGGCACAGACAGCAGAGAUUCUUCCCAUAUUGUUCCCGAUGUAGCUGCUGCUAUUGAGGAUUUAUUAGAACAGACAAGCAAAGUAAAGUCACUGGCAUUUGAUCUUUUCUCUCUCUCUAUUUAUCUCAGAGGUCUAGGACUGACUAAUGGUUUGAUUUGUUAUUGCUUUUUCAAGAUUCACGAACAUAAGUCACCUGAGAGAACUAUUUGUGACAAAAGCGUAUCCUUUUGCUUUUUCUUUUUGUGCAUAAAUAUUUUUCUGUCCUCUGUUGAAUCCUUAACUACGUAA